AAUAAGCCGGACUUCCAACAUCGUCCCUUCUUUACGGGGUCCGCCGGUAUGUAUUAUUCCUAAAUGGCCGCGUUAAUCUGUCUAAAAUUUAAAUAUAGAUGAGCAACAUUUCUCCGGAAUUUACUCUGCAAAGUUUGAUUUCCGCCAGACGGGAUGUCUUUGAUGGGUCCACUGAUUCCACUGAAAGGGCGUGUCCAGAUACUCACCGGCAGUGGAAGAUCCUGGAAUCAAUCUAUAUGAAAUUAUAAUGUUCUAGCAAUCUUCCAUGGCUUAUAUUGCGAUAUGGCGAUGCUACACUCCACAUUAGGUUUGGAGGAGUCGAAAUUACCGCUGAUGUAUUCACAUGGGUAGUAUGAUGAAAUGGCUCUAGAGCUGAUGAAAAGGAAAGGGAGUCUUUCCUUAUAAAAGGUCCAGCCAAGCCAAGUUGUUUUUGUAGUUCAUCAUCAUUCGCACAGGUUUGCAGUUCAUUCAUUCAUUCAUUCAUUCAUUCAUUCAUUCAUUCAUUCGCUCAUUCAAUUCUUCGUUCGUUUUCAAAGCAAGCAAAUUCAAACUUCCCACUUUUUAACCGUCUUUACUCUUGACAAUAUCAUCCAUCACCUACUAUCAAUAUGAAGUACUCCAUCGUUUUCGCCACCCUUCUUGCGGGCUCUGCCAUUGCUGCACCAGCAACCAAGCUCAACGCUAAACAAAGACUUGCUCGACGCAAUGCUGCUCGCGCAGAAGACGAUUACAAUGUCAGCUGGGCUGGUGCCGUUCUUACUGGUGCUACAUACACCGGUGUUUCCGCUUCUUUCGCCAUUCCUAAACCCGCAGUUGGAACAACAGGCGAGACCUCCGCUUCGGAUUUCACCGCUUCUACCUGGGUCGGUAUCGAUGGAUACAAUUGUGACAAUCUCUGGCAAGCAGGUGUAGAUUCCACAAUUGAGAAAGCUACCGGUGCAAUUUCAUACUAUGCUUGGUAUGAAUGGUAUCCUGCCAAUACUCAAGUCAUUGACCUAGGAACUCUCAAAGCUGAAGAUGUAAGUUGUUUCUCCAUCACAAAAUCUCGACUCCAGACUGAAACUAACAAACCACAGAUCAUCUCGGUAAACCUCACCACCAGCGGCUUCAACAAGGGAACCGUCGUCAUGGAAAAUAAAUCCACCGGCAAAUCCUACACCAAAACCGUCUCCUCAACCGACACCCUCUGUGGUGUUAGUGCUGAAUGGAUCAUGGAAGAUUUAAGCAUCGAUACCAAAACCGAGGGUCUCGCAAACUAUGGAAGCGUUGUCUUCACCGAUGCAAUUGCUACUACCUCCUCCAAGAAAAUCAGUCCAUCUGGUUCGAACAUCAUGGAUAUCGAGACUACCUCCAAUGCUAAGUUGACCAAGACUACUGUUACUGAUAAGUCGGUUACCGUUGCUUAUGUUUAGAGUGUUUGGUCAAGUGUGGGGAUUGUUGAUUAUUAGCUGGGGAUUUCAGUGUAGAAGUUUGAUUCUUUUUGUACAUAUAGUUUUCAUACCGUUUGUGUGUGUAUAUCGGAGCAAUCUUAUAAUAUUUACAUACCAUUGAUAUCUUUCUG